GCAUAGUUUGGAGUAUUCGAGUUUGCCAAUGUUCUUUAAAACCCCAUGGCCAUGGCAAAACAAAACAAUGUAACAUGAUCCCGGUGGGUGGGAGUGUAAAACUUGAAACAGAAGAUUAUGUCAUUACUGCCAGUAGAUUUUUUUUUUACUGCUUCCACAGUAAAAAAAAACCUUAUGACUAAAAUACCCCUGCUAGGACCUUCUUAUCUGUAUAGAAGAUAAAAAGCAAGUAAAGUGACCCCACCAGCUAAACAGUGUACUUGAGAGAGAGAGAGAAAUGAUCAGAUCUAGGGCAAAAUUAGGACUUUCUUCUGUUGUUGUAAUGGAGGCGGCUCGUCAGGAAGCCGGUGGUGGUGAUGAAAAGAUUUGCAGAAGAAACGAUGGGAAAAUUUAUUGCAAGAAUGUUAAUGGUGACAAUAAGCUACAGUACUGUGAUAAACAUUACAAGGAUUUUACAGAUUUUUAUACAGAGAAUCCUUCUUUGCUGAUAAGUUCAAACAAGAUUAGAUUUCUACCCAAGGAGAAGAUGGAGGAGAUUGAGUUCCUGAUGAAGAAUAAGCUCCCGCUACCAGAUGAGCACUUAUGUCGUCACAAUAAUGGUACAUGGAGAUGCAAGAAUUUAAGGAUGGCUCAUAGUGUUCCUAAGACUAAGUAUUGUGAAAGACAUUACAAUUAUUAUAAGAAUCUUCGGAAGAAGAAGACAAGUAGAGAUGGUGAUGGUGCUUCUGGUAUAAAAACUAGGGAUCCCAAUUUCUCAAAAAUGAGGAACAAGGUAAUGGAAGAACAUGACCGCUCCCUUGAUGUAACAGGAAUUCAACCAGCUGCUAAUUCUUCUACUAAGAAUCCUUCUUCGAUGACUUCAAAAAAGAGAAAAUAUCUAAAGAAGAACAAGGAGGAGAUGGAGAUGAAGCUGCUUCCAGAUGAACACUUCUGUUCUCACACAUCUGGUAUAUAUAGAUGCGGGAAUUUUAGUAUGAGUCAUGGAGCGGCUGCGGAGGAUCCUAGUGUUCCUAAAAGUAGAUUUUGUGAAAAACAUUACAAUUAUUAUUCAAAUUAUUAUAACAAUCUUAAGAAGAAGAAGAAGCUUUUUAAGAAUACAAGUAGAGAUGGGGAAGGUGCAGGUACAGGUAUAGGCCCUAUAGAACCUAGGGAUUCCAAUUGCUCAAAAUCGAGGAAGAAGAUAAUGGAAGAACAUGACCGCUCCCUUGAUGUAGCAGGAAUUCAACCAGCUGCUAGUGGUGAUUUCUCUGAUAGAAUCGGGAGGACGAUGGAAAAUGUUGAAAGAGCAGAAAAGUCUGGAGAACCAGAAUCAUUGACCGGAAAUAUGGAAACAGUGGUUGAAUCGGAGAGUCUGGAGCAUCACAAAAGUAAGUGUUUUGAAUUGUCUGUGGAGUUCGAGAAGAGGAAAGUGGAGUGCACUAAACUCCAGGGUAAAUUGGCGGAGGUAGAAGAAAUUAGAAAGACUGCUGCUGCAGAUGAGACUCAACGGACACAUGCGGAUGCAUUUGAAUGUUGGAGAAAAAUGUUCUCCGAUUUGGCAGAAAGUAUGGAGUCUCGCAUUUUGGAUUUGGAGAACAUAGUCCUGAGGAUGGAUAAUAAACUUUCAACAAUGGAAGGAUAUGUAGAGUCUCGCAUUUCGAAGUUGGAGAGCCUAGUCCUGAGAAGUGGAAAGGAAAGUUCAACAUUGAGAUGUGUACAAUUGCACAGUUCUGAAAAGAUAGAUUGCGAAGCGCAGGGUUCGCAAAAUGACGUUAUUCAAAGGGGUGAAAAGCAAAGAGAUGAAAACGACAGGAAAGAUUCCAAUGUGUAUGAGUGUAAAACCAAAGAGAAGGUGCUAAAUGUGUAUGACCCUGGUAGUCUACGUGUUUUAAGUGAGGGUGAAAACGUUGAAGAGUGGAAGGGGUGGGGCUGUUCGGAGGAGAGACCAUCUCAACAUGGAUCAUCAUCUCAAGAUCAUCUGGAAAUGUAUACGGAGCCUUUUGUGCACUUGGUCUCAGAUGAGGACAGUGUUGAAAUUCUUGGCGAGUCUGAAGAUUCUGAUUCAGAAUGUUCGCUUGGGGCCCUUAUGGACAUGCUGGCAAUGAAAUAUAGGAAUACAAACGAAGACAAAGAAAUCAAAUGGAAGUUUGAGGCUGAUAUGGUUUCUUCAUUUGAAGAGGAACCUGAGCUGUGUAUGAAAGCUGUUUGUUCUCUCUAUCGACAGCAGAUAUGUGAAGACAAGGGGUUGCUCCAUAACAGCGACGCACUCAGGUGUACUACUUUGGCCAAGUUUUUAAUGGAUGAGGACUGCGAAGGUGACCUGAACAAGUCUGUCAAAGAGCUGGAGAUAUUCGAUUCUACAGCAGUUGAGGACUGCAAGAGGCUGGCUAGAAGAUACUCGACGCAGUUAUUCAGUAUUUAUCAAAAUGGAAAAGAUCCUUUUUUUCUUCCAGCUACAACUGGCGCCAUCCAUGGAGAUGAAACUGCCAAGUGAUAGAUUGUUGUGUAAGCGGACUUCACUUGUUGUACAAAUAUGAAAACGAGAACUGGUUAAUGUGGUAAGUGAUAUUUUGGUAGUUACACUUCAGGGUGUUUCGGUAGGGUGUAAAUGGAGAAAACACAACCUCUGGUUAGCUCAUGAAAUGUGCGAAAUCUAAUUACCCCUUGUAUUUUAGUUUUGUAGAAGCUAACAAGGUAGCUGACUGUGUGUUGCAUAUUUUUUUUUUAGUCAAAAAAUAAAGUACCUUUCCUGGCGCAUUCAA